CUUCUGCCCAGCCUUAAUGACGCCGAGUGUACAUCUCCGUCUCACUUAUCAGAGAGGGAACAGCUGUUUCCUUUCUGAUAAAUAAGACGGCUAGCGAGUUCGGGAAGUUGGCGAGCAAACUCAUCCCCCACCCUCUUUUCUCAAACCUGAAGUUAUAUACCGAUCAUAUGUCAUGGAUUUGUAUUCUUGUAGUAUUCGAAUUGUGUUUCUAGUCUUCAUGCUGUAUGGUAGUCCACGAAUAAGCGGACAAAAUUAUAUCUCAAUCAAGUUUAAUAUUCACACAUCACACGGAUUAAAUUUUAAUUUUUCCAUUUUCGGUGAAUAAAAGUAAAUUUCGAUUGUCAUACUUAUCUUUGUAAUCGAGAACAUACAUGUGGUCACAGUUAAAAAAAUGAUUACAGUAAGAUACACUCGCAAUCUUUUUUUGCGUGGAAUGUGCAUUAUUUACUUAUUCGCUUUUUUAAGUUUUUAUCUCCAAAUUCCAGGACUUUACGGUAAUAAUGGAUUACUGCCGGUUAGAACUCAAUUAGAAUUUAAAGGAAAUUCAAAUCUAUGGCAAAAAUUAUACCGAAAACCAACAUUAUUAUGGUUUGCUCCACACAUAGGAUUAAACUAUGAAUACAUGCUUGAUAUUAUUGCAUUAUGUGGUAUAGUGAUUUCUUUUUUAGGCUUUAUUUCUCAACAAUUCUGUAAUUCGCUAGUAUUCGUUAUUUUAUGGUCACUAUAUUAUUCUCUACAUCAAAUCGGUCAAGUAUUUGUACUAUAUCAAUGGGACACAUUUUUAUUGGAAAGCGGAUUUUUGUGUGUACUCAUAGCACCUUUAAUUACAUCAACCGAAAAAACAAAUCAUCCAAGCGAUACAAUUACAUUUUGGACUUUACGUUGGCUUUUAUUUCGAUUUAUGUUCUCAAACGGUUCUGUGAAACUUAUUUCAUGGUGUCCAAUUUGGUGGAAUCUUAAUGCUCUAUCACAUCAUUUUGAGACACAGUGUCUACCUGGUUCAUUAGCAUGGUACGCUCAUCAUCUUCCAACAUGGUACUUACGUUUAAACACUGCAUUAAGCAUUGUGUUUGAAUUAAUUGUACCAUUUUUGUAUUUUUUUCCAAAUAAAAAAGUUAGGAUAAUUACAUUCUAUUUACAGAUGUAUAUACAAAUCCACAUAAUUGCGACAGGCAAUUGGGGUUUUAGAGAUUUUCUAAUAAUCUGUUUAUCAUUGGGAUUAUUGGAUGAUCAAUUUUUUUAUAAAAAAAAAUCCAAAAAUGAAAAUUCAGUCUUUUAUAAUUUUCUUUCAAUAUUGAUUUGCAUUUGCGUCUACUCUGGAAUUAUUUAUGGUAUUAUUAUUUUUUAUAAAAUUCGUUUGCUUAAAAAUUGGACUAUUCAUACGGAAAUUGGAUUUACACAAAAAGAUUUCGACCAUUUUCUGCCGAACGCUGUUAUAAUUUCCUUUUUAAUUGGUUUAAUUUCUUUAGGAUUUACAGUAGCUGAUGCAAUAACCCAUUCUAUUUUGUCGACUAAAUUCACAAUUAAAAAAAUUAUUACUUUUAUUUCUACAUUAUUUUCUACUUUCGCAGUAUGCUUUAUAUUUGUUAUGAGUCUAGUACCGUUCUCAACUUUACACCCAUCUCUUAAUUCUACUAUUCCUGCGCAAAUCAAACAAACUUAUUCAAAAAUUGAUCAUCUUCAUGUCAUCAAUGGGUAUGGUCUUUUCCAACGCAUGACUGGAGUUAAUGGACGUCCAGAAAUUAUCAUUGAAGGAAGUAAUAGUAUUGAUGGCCCAUGGAAAGAAUACGAAUUUAUUUACAAACCAGGAAAUGUUAAUAAUUCUCUACCCUUUGUUGCACCUCAUUCACCGCGUUUGGAUUGGCAAAUGUGGUUUGCUGCUCUUGAAACGUAUCAUAAAAAUCCAUGGAUUAUGUCACUUGCAUAUCGAUUACUAACCGGACAAAAAGAAGUACUCGCUUUGUUGAACGAUAUAGAAAAACCAUUUAGUAAUAAUCCACCAAAAUAUAUACGAGGUAGUUUAUAUCAUUAUCAUUUUGCACCAUGGACCAAAACAUCAAAUGAUCAAAGUUGGUGGAGGAGAGAAAAAGUUGGCGAAUAUUUCCCAAUUUUUAGUUGUGAUCAUCCACCAUUGCUGGAGUAUCUUAAAAAAUUAAAUAUUUUUCAAGAUGAGGAAUCCAUUGAAUUAACAAAUCAAUCAUUGAAAAACAUUCUUGACAGUAUUCGACUUAUUACGAGAAAAAUUGAACCAAGUUUAGUUUUGUGGAGUAUGUUUACAGCUGGAUGUGCAAUAAUAAUAACUCGCAGCAAUAUACAUUCGAGAAGUCGAUAAUAUUUGUUAAUAACCAUAUUUUUCUGCACAUAUUGAAACUCUGAUAUACUCAGUAAAAAUUAAUUAUCAGAAGAAAUUUUGUAUUCCUCACCAUUAAAGUCAAAUA